UUUUGUUUAUCAUCAAAUUAUUUAUUUUUCAUUCUUAAUGACAAUAACGAUAAAAUCAAUGUGGAAAUUAAUUGUUAUUGUUAUUGAAGAUUUAUUAUAAGAAGAAAAAUGUCAUUUAUGAAUGAAGAAAAAUGGCUAAAUGUAAUCGGUUCCGAUGGUAUUAAAGAUGAAAUCGAUGGUAAUAGCACCGAAACCAUGGUUAUUCAGCUCAAAGAUCUAUCACCGGAAGAUGUGCAAGAACCAAAAGUACGUAUAAUACCGAAGAAAACAAAACGAAAUGCUUAUUUUGUUAAAGAUCAAAGUACAAUGCUAUCCGAUGAGGAUAUGCAUUAUCAAAUGAUUAAUACAAACGAUAUUGUCGAUAAAAAACCAUUGUUGCCCGAGCUUAUCUAUUGUGACGCCAAAAUUAGUGAAAACUUUGAUAAACUAAUAAAAAUUCCCGAAAGAUUUUUGGCACCAAAACUUAAUCCUUAUUUCACAAGAAAUCUAAAACGUAUAAAUGAAUCGGAUGUCGAAGAUUUUCAAAUAGAUUAUUCUGAACUACAAAGUUCAUCAAAAGAAUUACGACAAUUGCGUAAAAAACUACUAUCCAAACGAAUGAAACAAUCGAUAAAAACAAAAAAGAGACCAACCGAGAAAAUUCCUGUAAUCAACAAUGUAAAAGAUAUUCAUCAUGAUCAUUCAAUGAUCGAAACAUUAAACUGCACAAUUAAUGUAAAGAAUCAUAGUCAUAAUAAUAAUCAUAAAGAUAAAGAAAAAGAUGAUCAAACAUCAAUAUUGAAAAACAUUGACAUAGAUUUCAAACCAACAAUAUUGUUAGGUACAAAAACAUAUUCACGAAAAAAGUUUCACCAAUGAUGAUGAUGAUGAUGAUGAUAAGAAUUUUCAAAAGAAAUGAAAUUUUUUUGC